GAGCAGAGCAUACUGAGUCCUCAAUCUUCUUUCCUACUCUAUUCCAAGAACCCAUCUUUCCCUUUCACUAGACUUGAGGCUGUGCCCAGGAGGUGAAGAUGCCUCCCAGCUUAGCGAGCUUAGCCGGCGACGGCGAUGUCCAAGGACUGGGAAUCGGUCCGUUGGCCUUCAGGAAGGCCUUGUUCAUGGGCAACGCAGACGCCAUCAUUGACGGGGACUAUACCAUGUCCUAUGCGGAGCUGAAUGACAAGGCCCUCCAACUCGCAAGCGAACUCUACCACCGUGGCAUCGAGGUUGAAGAACCGGUUGGCAUUCUCUCGCGUCCUGGAAUCAACCACAUUACUGCUCAGCUGGCAGUAGCCUAUGUUGGAGGCAGCAGUGUUCUCUUGAAUGCGGCCCACUCUGAUACAUACCUGGGAGAGCGGUUGGCUCAAAUCAACGCGUCCUGGGUCAUUGUGGAUGUGGAACACCGAGAACGAUUGCCUGACUAUCAGACGAUUGUCCAUCUCCAUCAGAGUAGCACAUCUAAUGUGCCCGAUCAGCUGCAGAUGCCAAUCACCUCGGGGGCCCAUCAACGCUCCCAUGUCAUCUAUACUUCAGGAACUACUGGAAAGCCGAAGGCGGUUCAGAUCCUCUCUCGUGGACUUAUCAACCUGGCCACAGAUCCAGAUUGCCCGAUCCUCCCGUUCUCCCGAGUUGCCCAGGCCAGUAACGUCAGUUUUGACGCAUCAGUUCUAGAAAUCUGGGCAGCUCUGCUCCAGGGAGCCACCCUUGUAAUCACCAGGAAAGAACUGUUGCUCGACGCCGAGAUGUUUGAGGCGCACCUCAAGAAAUACACCCCGGCAUAUCUCUAUCUGAACGCGGCCCUCAUGGCCACUGUGUCAGCCCAGAUCCUGACAAUCUUCAGCCAUGUCGGAACACUGAUGGUGGGAGGGGAGGUGGUCAGCAAGGAGGCCGUCCGGCACAUCCUACAGAACGGUCCCCCAAAGCAAUUUCUGCAUGUCUACGGUCCCACAGAAUCCUCUAUCUGGGUGACCAGACACACCCUGAACAUUGCAGAUACCUUCCUGGACUCACUUCCGCUCGGCAAACCGUUGCACAACGUGGAGCUUCUGAUCCUGGAUGACAACGGGAAUCCUGCAGGCAAGAACACCGUCGGAGAACUGUUUGUAGGCGGAGCAGGCUUGUCGGCUGGUUAUUUCAACGACGAGAUCAACAACACCAAGGCGUUUGUAACCCUCAAAUCUGGGUUCAACGAGCCCAAGGGCUUUUAUCGUACAGGUGAUUUGGUUCAGGCCAAGGACGAUGGAUCCAUUUUCUUUGUGGGUCGGAAAGACCAUCAGGUCAAGAUCGCCGGCCAUCGGGUUGAGCUGGAGGUGAUUGAGCAGACCCUUGUGCAAACUGGAUUCUUGCUGGAGGCAGUGGCCAUGAAAGUCCAACCGCCCAAGCUAGACCUGGGUGCUCUUCUCGUGGCAUAUGUCGUGCCUAAGCCCGGCGUGGUGACGGAUAAGGCCACUGUGACCCAGGCAUUCAAGAAGUUUGGGCCAGAGCUGAUGGUGCCGCGCCUCGAGUUUGUCGAUACCCUUCCUCUGACGGCCAAUGGCAAGAUAGAUCGAACUCUGCUGACCAAGCUCUAUCUCGAACGAUUCGCCGGCGCUGAGGCCAUGGAAAGUGCGGUAAUUCAACAACCGCAAACCCCAGAGGAGCAGCUCGCGGGCAUCUGGGCCUCGAUUUUGGGCAUGCCCUCCAAGAAUAUCAGGCCUCAAGAUGACUUCUUCGCUCUCGGAGGCACCUCCUUGCAGGUCGCUACCAUGAUCUCUGAUAUUCGCAAGACCUUUGGCAUCAAGAUCCCGACCACUUUUCCCUAUCAGCACCCAAAACUGGCCGAUUUCACUCAACUGCUACAGGAGGGUGGGAGCGCCAUCGCCCGAGUGAACGAAAGAGACCUCUGGGUGCGCGAUGCUGAGCUGGGGAAGGAUAUCUUUCCCCUUGUUGGACCCGUUACCGACUGGCAAUCCGAUGGGUCUGUCUUUAUCACUGGUGCCGCGGGAUUCGUCGGAUCAGCCCUAUUGGCUGCCCUGAUCAAGAUGCCACAUGUCCGCGAAGUCAUUUGCCUCGUCCGGGCUGCGAACGACGAUGCCGCCCUCGGCCGUCUCGAGGCAACCUUUACCAAGUACGGACACACGUCGGCAAUUUCCCAUCCGAAAAUCAAUGCCAUUGCCGGCAACCUGACUGAUGCCAACCUGGGGCUGGGAGAAAAGGGCUUUGCCUCCUUGGCCGCGCGCGCCGGCGUGAUCUUCCAUGUUGGUGCGCACAUGAACUUCACGGUCCCCUAUCACACUGUUCGCCCAACGAAUGUGGGUGGCACUCUGGCCAUCUUGAGAUUGGCCACCACGACCAAGCAGAAACAGGUCCACCAUAUCUCCAGCAUUGCCGUCUACGGGUGCGCUCGAGGGUUCCUGGGCACAGCGGAGAGCUACGAGGAUGGCGACCUUGAGCGGAGUGUCUCGGCCCUCGAGUAUGAUAUCGGGUACAGCCAAAGCAAAUGGGUAGCGGAGAACAUUGUCUGGAAUGCCAGUCGGAACGGGGUUCCUGUGGCCGUAUACCGGCUGGGAGCUGUCCUCUGCAAUUCCCAGAACGGCGCCACCAACCCCAAUGACUACGUGACUCGUAUCAUGAAGGGUUGCAUCCGUAUGGGUAGCUAUCCCAUUCUGGAGCGACACCGAUUCGACUUCGUCUCCUUGGAGUUCAUCAUCUCCUCCAUUCUCCACAUCGCGGCCACUCCGGGCAAUUUGGGCCACGGGUAUAACCUCGUGACGCCUGAUCAGGACCCGUCUGUCUCGAUUAUGGAGCUUUUUGCCACCCUGAACAAGAUUAUCCCCUUUCCUUUGAAGCCCAUGGAUUACGAUGAGUGGACGAGCCGCUUCACUUUCGCUCGGGAUGAUCCCUUGACUCCAUUCAUGCCGCUUCUUCAGGAACAAGUUUAUGACAACCUUACCCGCUGGCAGAUUGAAAGCGACCCUACCAUGUACCGCAAUGAUAAUCUGAAACGUGCUUUGAAGACCAAGCCGGAAAUAUGGGGUACGAACCCCAAUCUGAAGGAAAUGAUGCACGGUUGUCUGGAUAGCUGGAUCAAUUAGACCGGACGUCCAGGUCUGAAGGGGAAAGCGUGCUGGCUAUUGUUCUUGAGAUAUUAUCCUUAUCAACGACGUAGAAUCGCAGUU